GCAAGGAAAAUGCGUCUCCUUCAACGAAAAUGCUUUAAUGGACCGACCUCAACAAUGUCAAUCUCCAUCUCUCUCUGCGUUUCGUUACAGUUUUGAUAACCUAAUUUUCUCUCUCUCGGAUCAUUGACCUUCUCCCUCUGUAUUUAAACAGCGAUUAAUACUCCAAAUUUAAGAGUUUGAUAGUUAGAAUUUUAACCAACUUUUGGUCGUCUUCUGGAAUUAGGUUUCUUCUGUGAAUUUCUUUCCUAUCCGUUUCUUUCAAUUUCCUAAAAAUGAAGAAACCCAGAUUAUCCAAAUUAGACAGAUGGGAUAACCUUGACAUGUUUGUUUCACUAACCAAGCAAAGAUCGGUUCACAUUUUGAUCGCUCUUGCGCUUUUGUAUAUACUCCUCGUCAGUAUAGAAAUUCCCUUUCUCUUCCACACCGGCCUUAAUUUCGUAUCGCAGGAUUCUCUGGUUCGCAACGCCGGGCUGAAGAGUCAGGAAGAAUUAGCAGAGAAACGAGCCCCUACUCGUCCUCUGAAGAGUUUGUUUCAUGAGGAUUCCAACUCACCCUCACGCAGCCAUCAUCCGGACCGACACAUGAUCCUCUCCAGCUUGAAAUUUGACGCUGAAACUUUUGACCCUAGUCGACAGGAUGGGUCCUUCGAGCUCCAUAAAUCCGCCAAGGUUGCUUGGGAACUUGGUCGUGAGUUAUGGGAGGACCUUAAAUCGGAGAAUGUUGAAAACUUCACAAACAAGUCUGACAACCAAUCAGAAUCAUGCCCGGAAUCGGUCUCGGUGUCCCGCUCGGAGUUUUUGGCCCGUGGGAAUGUGGUGGAGUUGCCGUGUGGGCUCACUCUGGGGUCGCACAUAACAGUAAUUGGGAAGCCGAGGGCUGCUCAUCCAAAAAUGGGCGCCAAGAUAUCAUUGUCGAGGGAAGGGGAUGUGUCCGUGAUGGUUUCGCAGUUCAUGAUGGAAUUGCAGGGCCUGAAGAUUGUAGAGGGAGAAGACCCCCCGCGAAUUCUGCAUUUCAACCCGAGGUUGAAGGGUGAUUGGAGUGGGAAGCCAGUGAUUGAGCAGAACACUUGUUAUAGGAUGCAGUGGGCCCGGGCGCAGCGCUGUGAAGGGUGGAGGUCUGGGGCUGAUGAGGAGACUGUUGAUGGUCAGGUGAAGUGUGAGAAAUGGAUUCGUGAUGAUGACAGUAAUUCAGAGGGAUCUAAAGGUACAUGGUGGUUGAAUCGGUUAGUUGGCCGAACAAAAAGGGUAACUGUGGACUGGCCAUUCCCUUUUGCAGAGGAAAAACUAUUUGUUCUCACUGUUAGUGCUGGUUUGGAGGGUUAUCAUAUUAAUGUUGACGGGAAGCAUGUUACAUCUUUCCCUUAUCGAACUGGUUUUGCUCUUGAGGAUGCGACUGGCCUAAAUCUAAGUGGAGAUGUGGAUGUACACUCUGUAUUUGCUGCUUCUCUGCCUGCAUCACAUCCUAGUUUUGCUCCUCAGAGACAUCUUGACCUAUCUACAACAUGGCAGGCUCCACCUGUUCCUGAUCAUCCAGUUGAGCUGUUGAUUGGCAUUCUUUCUGCAGGCAAUCAUUUUGCUGAGCGGAUGGCGGUGAGGAAGUCUUGGAUCCAGCAUAAACUUGUUCAAUCUUCCAGUGUGGUAGUUCGCUUCUUUGUAGCACUGCAUGCAAGAAAGGAAGUGAAUUUAGAGCUAAAAAAGGAAGCAGAAUUUUUUGGUGAUAUUGUGAUAGUGCCUUACAUGGACAACUAUGACCUUGUCGUGCUCAAAACUGUCGCUAUCUGUGAUUAUGGGGUACAUGUAGCCUCUGCCAAGCACAUUAUGAAGUGUGAUGAUGACACGUUCGUAAGAGUGGAUGCAGUUAUUAAUGAAGCAAACAAAGUGCCNGAAGGUAGGAGCAUGUACAUUGGGAACAAUUAUUACCAUAAGCCCCUUCGUGAUGGUAAAUGGGCAGUGACAUAUGAGGAAUGGCCAGAGGAAGAUUAUCCACCCUAUGCAAAUGGACCGGGCUACCUUUUAUCAUCUGAUAUUGCUCUUCACAUUACAUCUGAGUUUGAAAAACAUAAACUGAGGCUGUUCAAGAUGGAAGAUGUGAGCAUGGGAAUGUGGGUGGAGCAAUUCAAAAACAGUACAAAACCCGUGGAUUAUGUACACAGCCUGAAGUUCUGCCAGUUUGGCUGCAUAGAAAAUUAUUACACGGCUCAUUACCAGUCUCCUAGGCAGAUGAUAUGUCUGUGGGAGAAACUGCAAACCCAGGGUAGACCUCAGUGCUGCAACAUGAGAUGAUGACUGGUGAUGUGUUUCGCAAGCACCUUGAGCAUCUAAUGAACACGAAGCACGGUGACACUGAUGCUGACAGGUUAGCAGAUAAAUUCAUCUGUCAGCAGGUGAUAAUUUGGGAUCAAACCAAGUUUCGAAAGAAAAGAUCAAAUGAACGGGAAAGGGAUAGAGGUUACAUUUUAUAUUGUGACCUACAAGCAUCUCCAUCAUCUAUUUGGCGGAAAAAAGUAAAAAUGACAAAUUUUGCAGUCCUAGCAGUAGAUACUCUGUAUAUUCUGUGGAGGAUUGAAUUCUUUGUGUUUAGGCUCUUAGUUAUUUCUAGGUUGUUUCAAUGUGGUUUCAAAUUCAUUCAUUAAAUCUGCUUCCUUUCCUUUUCCUUAUCAUUCUUUCUCUCUUUUCUUUUUGGGGUUUGGGUAAGAUGAUGGGUAAUAUAUAUUUGGAAUUACCUUUUAGUUCAAUUCAUCUACCUUGGAAUACCAGCAGCCAAAAGGAGAUGAAAUUUUAUGUUACUAGACUCAAAAUAAAUAGAAAGUAGUUGAAUAAAAGAGAUUUUAUUUAUCUCAUUUUCUAUAUUUUGGGGUUAGAGUGGAUAAGCAGUUGUAGUUGGGGUAUAGUUAUUUGUCAUUUAAAUGUGAAAUGGAAGGAUAAGGUUUUUAGUCC